UUUGCGCCUUCCUUCCCGUUGCAUUGUGUUGGUACUUUGACUCUGUUUCGCUCCUUCCUUUUCUUUCUCCACGGCGUGCCGGUCACGACCCCACGAACCUUCCUCACAUUCACCUCAGCUCCUUCUACAUUCACCCUCACCCUCCCCGCUGCCUAUAUAAACCCCCCUCCCCCCACCACCCUCUGCUCUUUUUUUUCUCUUCAUCCACCGUCCUUCUUUCUUUCCACCACCCUUCACUUCUUCAGCCAUCACUCUUUCUUGGCUUCUUUGACUUUCUUGUCAACACUUUCCUUCAACCAACCUUCACCAUGCACGCCUUUUCCGUUCUCAUGGGCCUCGCCCUCGCUGGCGUCUCUGCUGUGCAGGCUCACAUGCAGCUCGAAUUCCCUCCGGCUCUCAACGCCCGUAACAACCCCCACCGCUCCGGCGACGGCGAUGACACCUACGUCUACCCCAUGGGCUGCUGCGGCGCCGACGUCACCGAGGUCUGCCGUGGCUACCUCGACCUGCUUGGCACGCCUGCCGGUGCCUCUGUCGCUUCCUUCGAGGCCGGCUCCAAGGCCACGUUCAACAUCACUGGCGACCCUGAGAUCACUGGCAACGACCUUGGCAGCACUCACUACGGCGGAUCCUGCCAGGUUGGCUUCUCCACUGACGGCGGCAAGUCCUUCAAGGUUGCUGCUUCGUACGAAGGCAACUGCCCCCACCGCAACUCCGACGAGAGCUCUGGCCAGGACUUCGACUUCACUGUCCCUGCCGAUCUUCCUGCUGGCGACGCUGUCUUCGCCUGGACCUGGAUCAACCGCGAGCAGGAGUUCAACAUGAACUGCGCUGCCGUCACCAUUGUCAACUCUGGCUACAGCUCCAAGUCUCGUUCCCUGUCCAAGGCCGUCGAGCCCUCCACCCCGGUGGCUGUCCAGACCCCCACGACUCCCAUGCCUCUUGUUGCCACGCCUUCCUCGAUGGACGCCGCGCCCACUCCCACUCCUUCUGCCGACGCUUCUGACGACGACUCCAAGAAGUUCCAGCUCGAAUGGUGCAGCUGCAAGUGCGACACUGCCGAUAAGUCCACCGAAGAGAAGGAGGCCUAUGACGCCGACAACUGCACGUGCCGGUGCUGGAAGACCCCCAAGUCUCUCGCCGCUCGUACCACUGAGCCGCGCAUGGCCCGCCACGUUCACCACCGCGCCAUCUCCAACUUCCUUGGUUUCGGUGCCUCUGCCAAGUCUGACAAGUCCGUUGCGAUGAAGCGCGAUGUUUCCUGGGAUGCUCGCCCCAAGAUGCUCAUCCCCAACCCCGUCUGGCACGACUGCUCGCUCCCCAAGACCGAUGCCGAGCUCCAGUUCCCUGACCCCGGCCCUGAGGUUAUCAAGGGCGAUGGCGAGUACCCUCUUGCUCUUCCCGAGACCGGCUGCUCCAGCUACUAGAGUGGUUGUUUCUUGUCCAUGCGACAUCACUGCAUCGUCGAGCGAUGCUUCUUCAUCUUCUGAUUCUUGUUUUCGACCUUCUUCACUUCUUCGGUCAAUGCAAGGCUUGUCCUUCGCUUAGAUAGUCUCUGUGGCCCUUCUUUUUCCAGCUUUGCUUUUCUGAUUACGGUCACGACGUGGAUGCACGCAUUUCUGGCGGCGUUGCAAGGUUCGAUCUCGCAAGACUUGUUCUGAUGUUGCUAAGAAUUCGUUUCUAAGCUUCGAUCACGGACCUUGAUGUGCAAGGUCUUAUGUAGUUCAAUGCGAGCCAAUCAAAAAAUUCAACCAUG